AUAACUACUUUAACUACCUGACUUCCUCUCUCUAUAUAAUCUUGCAUUGUAAAAGAACACAACCCCAAAAUUAGCCUCCAAAAUCUUCUCUAACGGCCAAACAAAACAACACCCACCGCACAAUUCUUUCUUACCUCUCAAAUGCUAAAAAUUUUCCUUCUUUAUCAUCUUCUUCAUUCCCUUCUUGUCUAUUUGCUACCCAAGAAGCUUAGGUUUCUCCUACCUUCUUCUUGGUUACCCCACCAAGCCAAUUUCCCUCCCAACAAAAAACCUCCCUCCUCCUCCUCCAACACCUCCUCCUCCUCCUCUUCCUCUGUUGUCCAUAAAAGAAUGGACACCACUGAACUCCGCCGUGUCUUCCAAAUGUUCGACAGAAAUGGCGAUGGAAGAAUCACAAGAAAGGAAUUAAGUGAUUCGUUAGAGAAUUUGGGUAUUUUUAUUCCGGAUUCGGAAUUAACUCAAAUGAUCGAUAACAUCGACGUUAAUGGCGAUGGGUGUGUAGACAUUGAAGAGUUUGGUGUUCUGUAUCAGUCUAUUAUGGAUGAGAGAGAUGAGGAGGAGGAUAUGAGAGAGGCUUUUAAUGUGUUUGAUAGAAAUGGAGAUGGGUAUAUUACUGUUGAUGAAUUAAGAUCUGUUUUGGCUUCUCUUGGGCUUAAGCAAGGGAAGGCAGUAGAGGAUUGUAAAAGGAUGAUAAUGAGGGUUGAUGUUGAUGGUGAUGGAAUGGUUAAUUUUAUGGAGUUUAAGCAAAUGAUGAAAGGUGGUGGUUUUAGUGCUUUGAGUUGAUUAAUUUCAAUUAAUUUAGCUUGAAACUGAAUUCACAGAAAGGGAAAAACUUUCCUAAACCCGGCCGAUUUGUUCAUAUACUACACUCACAUAAUGGGUGUGAUUGUGGAUGUUCAUGUACUCGGCCUAGACAAUAAAUUUCUCCAUUCUGUAAAUAUUUUUGCUACCGAAAGGAAGUCGAUGGGACGGACUCGAUUUCGCCAUUUGUCAUCGUUGAUAAGCGGAAGCGGUUGGAUCAUUGACAUUUUUUAUACAUCAGGUAAUGCCAAAUCAUCAUUGCUAUUGAUCCCUAGAUUGGGGAACAGAAAAAUUGAAAGAAGGCAGGUUGGGGCAAAUUUGGGAGGAUUGAAACAAUAUAAAUAUUUUUGGUAGUCACAAAGAGACUAUCUGUAUUGACUAGUUUUGAGGGUGUGUUUUUGUUGUUUUUAGUUCGAAUGUUGUAGGAUUGGCUUGGUGGGCUACCUACUGUUUCUAAUUAUGAUAAUCUCCUCAAUUCUUUUUUUUUUCUUUCUACCUUA